AUGAGGUGUAAAAGACACACCGUCGAUUUCACCAGCACAAUCGGCGUUUGCUCUUCUUGUCUCCGUGAACGUCUCCUUUCCCUCGCCGCUACAGCCGCCAUUGAAGAAGAAGAUAACAAUCACCGGAGGAAAUCUAAUCCUCCUCCUCUGAUUUUCCCUUGCUCUGUUUCUCCUUAUACAACCCGACGAAAAUCCGACGCCAGAGCUGGAGGAGAUCCGAUAACAACAACAACAACCUCUAAUAACAAUCGAAGAUUCAUCACCACCCCUCAAGUAGAUCUUGGAUAUUCAUGCAAAGAUUUCGAAUCGUUUAAUAAAUCGAAAGAGCCUGGUAAAAAAUUCUAUAGAUUCUCUAAUCUAUUUAGAGCAAGUAGAUCUGAAGAAGAAUAUUCCAAUUCUAAUCCUAAAUCAGAUCCUAGAAUUUCAUGCGACGUUUCCGAGUCUUCUUCCUCGUCUUCUCGAUCAUGGAUCUCGUCGAUUCUCUCCGCCGGUAAGACCAGAAAGAAACCGAACACCGCUUGUUACAUCGAAGACGUAAUCGCUGGUCGGAGACCACAACGAGUGUUUUGUCGAGGAAUGUCGCCGGCGAGAGAUUUAGAAACGGAGGAGGAAAUCGAGUUACCGUCGGAAUCGAUUGAGGAAACUCCGGGGAGAUCGAGAAGAACGCCGGCGAUGAAAACUCCGGGAAGGAGGAAAUUUGCGACGGGGAUAGGGAAAAGCAUGUCGGGGAUGGCUUUUUGUUUGAGUCCGUUGGUGAGAGCGAGUCCUAAUUGUCCGUUUAAACGGAGAAUUAGAUUUCCGUCUGAAUUUGGAAACUCCGGCGAGGUAACGGAGCCGGAGAAACCGCAUAUUUCUGCAGCGGCGUCGUUUUGUGCGAAUAGGUCGAAGAAGCUCGUGGAUUUAGGUAGAGUUAAUCGCCGCCGUUGA